CACCCAAAAAGGACGUAGUUUUUCUGUUGGAUGGUUCAGAUGGCACUAGGAAUUCUUUCCCAGCAAUGCGUGACUUUGUACAAAGGGUAGUGGAGAAAUUAAACAUAGAGGAAAACAGAGACCGAGUUUCUGUGGUGCAGUACAGUCGAGACCCAGAGGUCAAUUUCUAUUUAAAUGCAUACACAACGAAGGAAGACGUUUUAGACAGUGUGAGAGGUCUGAGACACAAAGGGGGGAGACCCCUCAACACAGGGGCAGCUCUCCAGUACGUCAAAGACAAUGUAUUUACUGCCUCCUCUGGCAGCAGACGACUGGAGGGUGUGCCGCAAAUAUUGAUUCUCCUAAGUGGGGGAAGGUCAUAUGACAAUGUUGACGCAGCAGCAUCCUCUCUGAAGGAAAUUGGAGUCUUGACCUUCGGAAUAGGAUCGAGAGGCUCUGAUAGCGGGGAAUUGCAGAGAAUUUCAAAUGACCCCAAGUAUGCUUUAUCUGUGUCUGACUUUAGUGAGCUUCCAAAUGUCCAAGAGCAGUUGCUGGCCUCCGUACACACGGUUGUAGUACCCAUUGCUACAACGUCACCAACUGCUGAUUACACCGUGCCCAGAAAGGACGUUGUUUUUCUGCUUGACGGUUCAGAUGGCACUAGGAGUUCUUUCCCAGCAAUGCGUGACUUUGUACAAAGAGUUGUGAAGAAAUUAAACAUAGCGGAAAACAGAGACCGAGUUUCUGUGGUGCAGUACAGUCGAGACCCAGAGGUCCUUUUCCAUUUAAAUGCAUACACAACGAAGGAAGAGGUUUUAGACAGUGUAAGAGGUCUGAGACACAAAGGGGGGAGGCCCCUCAACACAGGGGCAGCUCUUCAACACGUCAAAGACAAUGUCUUUACUGCCUCUUCUGGCAGCAGACGACUGGAGGGUGUGCCGCAAGUGCUGAUUUUGCUUAGCGGGGGAAGGUCAUAUGACAAUGUUGAUGCAGCAGCAUCCUCUCUGAAGGAAAUUGGAGUCUUGACCUUCGGAAUAGGAUCGAGGGGCUCUGAUAGCGGGGAAUUGCAGAGAAUUUCAAAUGACCCCAAGUAUGCUAUAUCUGUGUCUGACUUUAGUGAGCUUCCAAAUGUCCAAGAGCAGUUGCUGGCCUCCGUACACACGGUUGCAAUACCCAUUGCUACAACGUCAUCAACUGUUACCGCUGACUACACAACACCCAAAAAGGACGUAGUUUUUCUGUUGGACGGUUCAGAUGGCACUAGGAAUUCUUUCCCCGCAAUGCGUGACUUUGUACAAACGGUAGUGGAGAAAUUAAACAUAGAGGAAAACAGAGACAGAGUUUCUGUGGUGCAGUACAGUCAAGACCCAGAGGUCAAUUUCUAUUUAAAUGCAUACACAACGAAGGAAGACGUUUUGGACAGUGUGAGAGGUCUGAGACACAAAGGGGGGAGACCCCUCAACACAGGGGCAGCUCUCCAGUAUGUCAAAGACAAUGUAUUUACUGCCUCCUCUGGCAGCAGACGACUGGAGGGUGUGCCGCAAAUAUUGAUUCUCCUAAGUGGGGGAAGGUCAUAUGACAAUGUUGACGGAGCAGCAUCCUCUCUGAAGGAAAUUGGAGUCUUGACCUUCGGAAUAGGAUCGAGAGGCUCUGAUAGCGGGGAAUUGCAGAGAAUUUCAAAUGACCCCAAGUAUGCUUUAUCUGUGUCUGACUUUAGUGAGCUUCCAAAUGUCCAAGAGCAGUUGCUGGCCUCCGUACACACGGUUGUAGUACCCAUUGCUACAACGUCACCAACUGGUAUGUGCAUGACAAACAUUUACGUGCUGUGCCUUUUCUGUCUAUAUUUGAAAUUGCUGAGUAGUUGUGUGCAGUGGCAUGCUCACCAACAGCUUAGAUAGUGAAUGAA